UGUGUGCAGCUAUGCGGGGGUUGUCCUUCUCUUUCUGCUUUCUCUCUGGACUGGAGACAAGGUGGAUGCUCAGAUUAGUGAAGCAAAUUUAGCUAAACUGAUUACAGAGAUGAAAAAGUUCGGACUGCAAAAUCGUGAGUAUGCCAUGGCUGUCAGGCUCACCAAAGAUGAGUGCAAGAAAGGAGAGUUUGAUGUCAACGUUAAACCAGAGGUGGUCAAGGCGGCACUUACCGCCGGACAAAUCUACAAAGGAGACAAGAUCAUCGCAGCCAUACCGUAUAAUGGCUACCACGCAGAGUAUCGUCUCCUGAGUAUUACUACCCAGGAUAUGGGCUACCCCAUAUUACACCUGACCAAUAACAACAAGGACUGUAUAAUCUUCUUUACCACAUUCUCUCCCUGCCUGGAGUCCUGUAUGAAGGAAAGAGGAGGCCACAGCAUUAUCAAUGACCUUGAUAGGGCCUUUUCUACUAGAGACCUAAACUCUAAGGCCUUUGUGUUCGAGAAAGUCUGGCAACCUAAGUGGGGUGGGGCAAAAACCAAUCCCCCAAGGCAAAAUGUAAUAAACUCCUUCAAUACAAUACAUAAAAAAAUCCCCCUAUAUCGCUGUACACACAGCAAGUGUUAUUCUUGCAAUGAGAUAAACACAGGUCGCUGUUUGGAGGGCUACAGUGGCUGAGUGCACUCCUUCAAGUCCAGCUGAGCCAAAGAAGCCUCCUGUAUCUGUAGAGGACUGUCAACCUCUCUCUCCCUUCAUCCCUCUCUCUGUCUCUCACUGUCCCUUUUUGCCCUUUCCUCAGUAUCUCUGUCCCUCCUUGGGAGAAUCUCAAUUGGUUUUGCUCGACUCCUCGCGUCCUCUCCUCCAUCCUCUCCUCACCUCCUUUUGAAAAAGGUCAAGGUAAUCAAAUAGAGGAGGAAAGGAAACAUGCAAACAAAUGUGCUUGUAUGAAAUGACUCUCCUUCACCAACACGUAAUCAGGCAAAUGACAUUUACAAAGGAGUAAUCCCCAAAUACAUGUGUUAAGUGGUAAAAAUAAAUGUAGCUGGUUGCACUUAACAUUUUAUAGAGAGAUAAGUAUUGUAUCGUUUUUUUAAAUGUCGGCAUGCUUUUCUCAAAGAAACAAUAGCUGAUUCAAAGGGGGUGUGGCAGAUUUUGAAACACUUUCACGUUUCCCGCUGGGAGGAUACAUUUGUGCUCAGGCUAUCGAGGAGAGGAGGACCACUUUUUGGUUUCCGGGUCCCGGUGGAGAGGAGGACAGGGCGAGGAUGGACUUUUUCCCAAUUUGAGAAUCCUCUUCCCUAUCCUUCUUUCUCUCUAUCCUUCCCUCCCUCUCCUUCUCUUUCACUUUCUCCCCCACCACAGUUCCACAGUUCAAUAAAGUACACUAUUACAGGA